CCGCGCUGUCGCUGUCGCUGUCGCUGUCCCUGGACCUGGAGGCCCCCGCGCUCUUCCGGGGGGACCCCGGGGGCGGCUUCGGCGCCAGCGUGGCCCAGCUGGGGACCGGCAGCUCGGGAUGGCCCCCCCGGAGCCGUGAACGCCUCGCUGGGGCUGGCGCUGGCGGCCGGAGACGACGCGGCGCUGGUGUGCGGCCCCAGGUCCCCCCAGGCCUGCGGGGCCAACGUCCACCUCAACGGCUUCUGCGUCCAGCUGGACACCGCGCUCCGGCCGGUCCGCAGCCUGCCCGCCGCCUUCCCAGCGUGUCCGCAGCCCGCCAUGGACAUCGCCUUCCUGGUGGACGGCUCGGGCAGCAUCGCCCCCCACGACUUCCUGACCAUGAAAUCCUUCAUCGGCGACCUCAUGGCGCGCUUCCGCGGCACCGACGCGCAG